GAAGACCAGCAGUGCAUGAAAGAUCUACGUCUCACAGAUCCUAGCGCUGAUAAGAAGCGUAUUGAACAGACAAAAGGCGGUCUAUUACACGACGCAUAUAGCUGGAUCCUUGAGAAUCCUGACUACCAACAUUGGCGGAACAACGAGGAGAGCCGCCUGCUUUGGAUAAAGGGUGAUCCAGGCAAAGGCAAGACCAUGUUGCUCUGUGGCAUCAUCAAUGAGCUGGACCAGCACUCAAUUCGCUCUGGCACAGCUCAUGUCAUCUACUUCUUUUGUCAGGCCACUGACCAUCAACUCAAUAACGCUGCUGCCGUCCUACGUGGUUUGAUAUUCAUGCUUAUUAACAAGCAGCCAUCGCUUGUUUCACAUUUACGAAAGGAGUAUGACCAAGCUGGCGGAAAGCUCUUUGAAGGCUCCAACACUUGGAUUGCCUUAUCCGAUAUUCUCGCUGCUAUCCUCCAAGACCCAGCGCUAAAGAGUACAUGCCUGGUUGUCGACGCUCUUGAUGAGUGUACAUCCGAUUUACAAAAGCUUUUGGACUUGAUUGUAGAUACGUCUUCCACUUGUUGUCGAGUAAAGUGGAUUGUGUCCAGUCGAAAUUGGUCCCAGAUAGAAGAGCGCCUGCGACGCGCUGAGCAGAAGGCAAAGCUUAGCUUGGAGCUCAAUACAGAAUCUAUUUCCAAUGCUGUGGAUAUUUACAUUCGAGAAAAGGUACAUCGGCUGGCAAACCUGAAGGGCUAUGACAAAGAAACGUGCGAUGCGGUACGAACUUAUCUGUCUGAUAAUGCAAACGACACAUUCCUAUGGGUGGCUUUAGUCUGCCAAAACUUGGAAAAGUAUCAGCGAUGGAAAGUCCUCAGACUGCUGGGAGAAUACCCGCUUGGUCUUGAUUCGUUAUACAAACAAAUGACGAAUCAAGUGCUCUCUAUGGACGAUGCUAGCGACGUCAGCCUCUGUAAGCGAAUUCUCGCCAUAAUGACGAGCGUGUAUCGACCAAUCACCCUUCGCGAGCUUGGGCGCCUCAUCGAUAUCCCAGGGAAUCUUUCAGAUGAUGUCGAUUUUUUGGAAGAAAUUGUAGCCCUCUGUGGCUCUUUUCUAACUAUCCGUGACGGUACAAUCUAUUUCGUCCACCAGUCAGCCAAAGAUCAUCUCACCAGCAACGAAGAAGCAGUCUCUGCCAUCUUUCCCUCGGGCAGCGAGGAUACACAUCUUGCCAUAUUUUCUCAGUCGAUACAGGCAAUGGAGGCAAUUUUGAGAAAAAACAUCUAUCAGCUAUCACACUUCGACAAUUUUAUCAGCGAUGAUGUUCACAUACCGGACCCGGAUCCAUUAAGUCCUAUUGCCUAUUCUUGCCUUUAUUGGGUAUCACACCUCUGCGAAGGAAAUGCAAGCAAAAUCAGCACUGGUAACCAAAACAGCCUUGCAGAUAACGGAGCUCUCGAUGUGUUUAUUCGAAAGCAUCUUCUUCAUUGGUUGGAGUCUUUAAGUAUAUUACGCCAUGUAUCGGACGCCGUUAUCUCGAUAACAAAGCUUGUCGCCUUACUUACGGCACGAUCAAUCCAGGGAAAACUACUCACUUUUCUUCAAGACGCGCGCAGAUUUCUUCUCUACAAUAGAAGGCCUAUCGAAAUUGCUCCUCUCCAAAUAUACUCAGCAGCGUUAUUAUUCAGUCCUAUGAAAAGCUUGAUACGCGAAGCUUUUCAACAUGAUAUUCCCUCCUGGAUACAUAGUAGGCCCAUUAACGAAGACCAGUGGAGCCCUUGCUUGCAGACUCUCGAAGGCCAACAAGGCUCAGUAUGGUCCUUAAUUUGUCUUGACAAUAAUCAGAUUGCCUCAGCAUCAGAGAACGGAACCAUCCAGAUAUGGGAUGUGACUACAGGCACGUGCAUAAGGACACUUGCAAAUCAUGGCCCCGGUUUAUAUUCCAUAGAUAUACAUUCCAUGAUCUCCUUAACCAGCGAACGAAUCGCUACAGGGUUAAAGAGCGGAAAAAUCAAGAUUUGGGAUCUAAGCACUAGUAUAUGCGUCCAGACACUUGAAGGGCACGAUAGAUCCAUACAAGCUCUGGACUCCUACGGAAAUGAUCGGAUUAUCUCGGGAUCAAUUGAUAAGACAGUUAGAAUCUGGGAUAUAUCGACAGGCGAGUGUAUCCAAACACUCAAAGGUCACACCGAUAUGGUGCGCUCAGUAGCCUACUCAACAGAUCACCAAAUCGCUUCCGCAUCAGAUGAUUCCACGAUCAAAAUCUGGGAUGCAGCUACGGGUGAAUGUGUCCAGACGCUCAGAGGCCAUGAACGUGGAGUGCAGUCAGUAGCAUACUCAACAGAUGGCCAGAUCGCCUCGGCGUCAGGCGAUAGCACGAUUAAAAUCUGGGAUGCAGCUACAGGUGUGUGUACUAAAACGCUCAAAGGCCAUACUGGUUCAUCCAUGUCAGUGGCUUUUUUGGACAAUGGGCAACUCGCAUCGAGCUCCAGGGACGAAACGAUCAAAAUCUGGGAUUUACAUGCAACUACAGACGUGGAUGUGCGAAGAUCUGGGUGCCAUGACAAACCAAUAUAUUCAUUGGCCAUGUCCGGAGACGGUCGUAUUGCCUCGGGAGCGGGAGAUGGCACAAUACGCAUAUGGGAUAUCGCGGGUAAGUGCGUCCAGGUACUCGAAAGCCAUGCCACCGGCGUUAAAGCCAUCGACUUCUCAAAAGAUGGCCAGUUGAUUAUCUCUUGCUCGUUCGACGGCGCAAUUCAUAUUUUGAAUGCAGCUACGGGCUUGUGCGUUAAAACACUUGAGACCUCUUCUAGAUAUUACACCCCAUCAGUGAUGUUCUCGCCAGGUGGUCGAUAUGCUGCGGCGCCAAUCUUCAGAAAGAUCAAAAUUUGGGAUGUAGCAACGUGGACAUGUAUCCACACGCUGGAAGUUCACGACGAACUCAUUGUAGUAGCGAGAUUCUCGUCAAAUGAUGAUCAUAUUGCUUCAGCAACAAUUGAAGGCACCAUCCAACUUUGGGAUACAGUAACAGGCACGUGUGUUCGAACAUUCAUGGCUGGUAGAAUAGCUAGGUGGCUCUCGUUCGAUACGAGAACAAACUCUCGCCUCUAUUGUGGUCUCGGUGCUUUCGAUCUGGAUCUGGAUAUAGCGCUGGUUUCUGACAUGCCAUUAGCUGAAGGCUCACCGCAAGUAAGCUUCCAAGGCUAUGGUGUAAGUAGAGAUGGGGAUUGGAUCUUAAAAGAUGGUAAGUCAAUGCUUUGGUUGCCUCCAGAGCAUCGCACCAUGAAUUGCAUUAUCAAGGGAUCGACUGUCUAUCUCGGUUGCGACUCAGGACGUCUCUUGACACUGCGGUUCUCC